AUGGGCAAACUAGGCUUUGGCUCAGGCCUGGAUGGCAUAUCCCAGAUGACCAUCACCAUCGUCCUAGUCUUUCUCUCAAUAUCCGUCUACAACGUCAUUGAGCUGACUUUUAUCAUCUUUGGCACCUUUAAGCGGCACUCGGGUCUAUAUUUCUGGUCCUUCCUUAUUGCAACAUGGGGCAUUUUUGUUUAUUGUGGCGGUUUCCUGAUAAAGUACUAUGCUUCUGACAAAGUGGGAUAUCUCGCUGCCACCUUUAUCUCCUUUGGAUGGGUUGGGAUGGUCUCAGGCCAAAGUCUCGUGCUCUGGUCGAGAUUGCAUCUUGUCCUCAGAAACAGAUUCCGGUUGAGAUGUGUCUUGUACAUGAUUGUCAUCAACGGCGUUCUCAUGCACGGAACAGUUAUCCCCAUGAUCUAUGGCUCAUUCUCCAAAAGCACCAUGAUGUGGGUGAAGCCCUACUCCAUCAUGGAAAAGAUUCAGGUGUCCAUCUUCUUCAUCCAAGAAAUCAUCAUCUCGGCUUGCUACAUUUCCGAAACCGUCAAGCUCAUGCGUCUGGAACGUACCAUGGGCAACAAGCGAGGAAGCAGACGACUGAUGAACCAUCUCAUCUAUGUCAACAUCCUCAUCAUCCUCCUCGAUAUCACUAUUCUCGGUCUCGAGUACGCCGACCAGUACCAGUACCAGACAUCCUACAAAGCCUUUGUCUACAGCACAAAACUCAAACUCGAGUUUACUAUUCUUAACCGUCUUGUCGAGAUGACGACCGGGAACAAGGAUGCUAGCUCCGGACCGAGGAGCAACACUGCUGGCACAUCGACAGGCAACAAAACAGGCAUCGCCCUGGAUAACUUUAUCAGCAACAACUGCGACAAGCCCCCCGGCGACAUAUCUUAUAGAGCUUAUGUUAUGGGAGGAGAAGAAGGACAACCACAGCGUGCACCGCGCAACGAUGAAGUUGUCAUGACUACAGAAGUCAUCAUCCGACGAGAAGAUAGAGAGGAUGAUGGCAUGAGUAUAGGGGUCAAGUCAUCUGCUGCGUCCAUCACUUCCAGGAACCAUCACUACGAGAACGACGCAAGCUUGUCAAAGAGUUCGUCGGAGCUAAAUCUGGCGUCCCGCGGCUUUUAG